AUGGAGUUUUUGGGUAGAAGGACAUUUCUUGCAUUCACACAGGUGCGUACACUCAAGACGGUGAGAAAGCCCAAGCGGAUUGAGGUCCAGCUUCUCAAGGACUUCAAGAACAUCGGCAAGCGCGGUGAGGUUCUUUCGGUGAUGCCUUGUUUGAUGACGAACAAACUCUACAAGAACAACGGAGCUGCCUAUAUCUUAAAGGGGCAGAAGCCACCUAUUCCUGUGUACACUAAGGUGGAGAAAACGGCGACCGUGAAGGCUGUUAAGCCCAAGAUCAAGGUUCUCCAGGAACCUGCUAAACAGGCUCCAAAGGUCAAGAAGUUCUCUCUGGAGGAGCUCACCGGUAUCUCGACGGAGUUUGAUUACUCCUCAAAGACUGAGCAAUCGACUGAGUCGCUGGUUGAUCAAAUACGAGAGCUUCCCUCGACGCUGUUUUUUAAGGUGUCCAAAGCGGAGGAAGCUUUCUCACUGGAACAGAUCUCCGAAAAGAUUUACCAGUUCAUGGGACACAAGAUACCCGUUGAUGCGAUGACUUUGAGUAAAGUGCUCGAAAAUGAGAAACUGGAGAAGGUGGACCAGAUCGCGUCCUUGGGUCGUUACAGCCUCACUGUGAAGAUUGGCAGCAGCAAGCCAAUUACCCGUGUGAUCAGCGUUUCAAAAGAACUGGAGACAAGUUAG